UUUGAAUGAAAUAUGAAUUUAUUAAUAGAUUCAAAUUUUUCUUGAGACAAUAGUAAGGGAUACGAUGUUUUGUCACCACUGAGGACAACGUUUGUAACUUACUACACUGCGGACCGUUACACUUGGUUAACCAAGACAAUCGAGAUCAACGAUUACUUGUGCAACAUACGUCAAAGGUAGCCUCGGCUGUUGGUCAGACCCGUUUCUUUCUUCUAAAUCUUUUCAUCCUUCACCUGGUUACAUUUUAUUAAUCUCCAUACCAUCAGUAAAUGUCUGUAUUGUUUCAACAUUAUAACGGCUACAGUUUGAAUAACGUGUCUCGCUAAUUAUCAAUUUCGCUUUAGCUAAACAGUUCGUAAUUUGAAAACGUAGAAGUGACAGAAGGAUCGUGAUGAUAAGAUACACAAACGAUGAUGAUAAAAGGCUGACAUGGUUAAUAUUUGCCACAUUCUAUUAUCAAAACAGCCGGAAAUAUAAUGCGCGGACUUCUACGAUAUGCGAAACGAUUGUUAAUUUUAUGCGUUGGUUUCACAAUUUUUUGCGCGAUUCUUGUUACUUUUUUAAUCUUUCUUGGUAAAAAGGCUAAUAAAGAAGUACUUGCGGAAAAAACGGAACAUGAACAAUGGAUAAAAAAGGAAUUAUUAAAAAAUGAACGGAUUAGUACGACGUCUGUACUUGGAAGAUGGCUCUUGUCUUCUGAAGGAAGUUUACUACCACCGAUUAUAAAUAAGAAAAAGGGACCGUAUUUGAUUUUAAUUUGGAAACACGGGAAGUUUUUGGAACGCAGACACAUCAGACGUUUUACGAAUAAUAAAUUUUCACCUUGGGAAAAUUGUACAGUGAAAUGUGUACUGAGUUAUCAAUCGGAACAUUUAGAUAUAGCGGAUGCCGUUGUGUUUCAUUUACAUCUGACACGUGACGUAUUGGAAUUACCAACUGUUAGAACACGAUGGGAUCAAAGGUGGAUUUUUUUGACUGACGAAUCACCGAUACACACUUUUCUCUACGGAAAUCAAGAAUUAUCUAGAUAUAAUGGUUUAUUUAAUUGGUCGAUGACUUAUCGAAUGAAUAGCGAUGUGCCGGUACCUUACGGUAGAACAAUUUCUACAUCGUUUAUAAAUUCGCCGAAUAUAAAUUUUUCGAGCGAUUUGAUAAAGAAAUCAAAAACUAAACUAGUCACUAUUAUGGGUAGUAAUUGCAGGGGCACGAAUGGCCGAUGGGAAUAUAUUAAUCAACUGAAAUUGAUCCUCGGUAAUGAUCUUGAUAUAUACGGAAAAUGUUUAAACGGUAAUACAACCGCAUGUCCUGGUCAUUUUGAUAAAGAUUGUCCUGUUUUAAAUAGCUACAAGUUUUAUUUAGCUUUCGAAAAUUCAAAUUGUAGAGAAUACUUAACAGAGAAAGUGUUUUGGCAUGGUUAUCACAAAUUAGCGAUUCCAGUGAUAAUGGGUGCGCCAAAGAAAGAUUGCGAGAAAUUAUUACCGCCACGUUCGUUUCUUCAUGUUAGCGAUUUUGCUGACCCGGCAGCUCUAGCAAAUUACAUUCAGUAUCUUAAUAAAUACAAUGAAAAAUAUUUCGAGUAUCACGAGUGGCGUAAAUAUUAUAAAGUAAUUAAUGAACAUGGUUAUUUCGGCAGUAUGUCACGACAUUAUUGCCGCGUUUGCGAAGCUCUUCAUUAUAAUUCUCCUGUCGUUAAAGUAUACGAGAAUAUGGAAUCGUUUUGGAACAAAAAACGAGAUUGUAUCAUCUAGCAUUUUUAAGUUUAAUUUAUACUGUACUGUUAUAUAUUAUAUAAUUAUUUAAAUUACUGAAUCAAAGUUUUAACUUAUAACGAGAAUUUGUUAUUUUUUGUUUAUAGUUGUUUUGUUUGAUCAUUAUAUUUAUUGUAAAUAAAUUGAAUAAAAACAUUACAGGAUCUAUUUUUUUAUAUUAAAUUACUACAAACGAAAAAA